UGUGCGCUCUGACAGAUCCGGGCCUAGUUGUCACUGAGGCCUGGGAGCAGCGUGGAGUAUCUCUGCCUGUCUGUACGCCUUCCUUCCUUGGUACAGCGAUAGCUGAGACUGUAAACUGCUAUUAGUCCUGAGGGUAAAUACUCAUGGAGGAAGAGCUGAGAGGGAGGAUGGUGGGGACAGUAUUGAGGCACUAGUGUUGAGUUGAAGCGUAAAUAGUGAAGGGUUAAAUUGAGGGAGUAAUAUUGGAGGUUAAUUUUAAGGGGCACUGGUAAAUAUUGGGGAGCGCAAUAUUGUGAGUAGACUUUGAGGGAAAACACUGGAGGGGUGUAAAUUCUGAGGGACACGAUAUAUUUGAGGGGUGAUGACUCAGGGAGUAAAAUACAGAUGUUAAAGGGCAAGGAGUAAUUGUUGAGAGAGUGGGGUAACACUCGAGAAUUCCUAGAGACUGUUAAAUGUAGGGAAAGCUAGGGAAGAAAAUUGAGUUACUGUGCAAUUAUAAGGUUUAGGAUGGUGGUACAUGUAGUGUGACAAAAUGAGGGAAUACUGAUAAAUUAAUCCAUCAAUUAAUAGGCUAAAAGGCAAGGCAAAGCAGUGGAGAUCAGGGCUGGAGGCAGACAGCACCAGGAUAAUUCUGAUAGAACACAAAUAAUUGUCCAUGGGUUGAAGUCGAGAUGCCUUGGCCUUUCUCUGAGUCGAUUAAGAAACGGGCAUGCAGGUACCUGCUGCACCGGUAUUUGGACCACUUCCUGGAGGAGAAGUUGAGUCUGGAGCAGCUGAGUGUGGAUCUCUACCAGGGAACAGGCUCCCUUGCACAGGUUCCACUGGACAAAUCGUCCUUGAACGAAAUCUUGGAUUCGCUUGAUGCACCUUUGGAAAUAAUUGAAGGAUUUAUCCAAAACAUUUCUGUUUCAAUACCCUGGGCAUCACUGCUGCAGGAAAACUGUGCAGUGGGGGUACAGGGAUUGGAGAUGGUCUUUCGACCCAGGCCUCGGAUAGUGUCUGGCACUGAACCAAUGUACUGGUCCAGCUUUAUGACGGAUAGCAUGCAGCUGGCCAAAGAGUGCCUGAGUCAGAGGUUGACGGAUGAUCAAGCUGACGGACUACAGCCAUUCGAGGGGCUUGAGAAGUUUGCCGAAACCAUCGAAACAGUUUUAAGAAGAGUCAAGCUUACGUUUCUAGAAACUGUCCUCAGGAUUGAGCAUAUCCCAGAGAACUCAAAAACUGGGAUUGCCCUUGAGAUUCGAAUACAGAGAAUUGAAUACCGUGAUGAAUCUGCAAAUGAGAGUCCAGAUAUUAGCAUUCAUCAUCCCACAGCUUUUGCCCAAAAGAAUUUGCAGCUGUAUGGAAUCUCAUUUUCUUGGCAUGAAUUCCCUGAAAGUGCGAAAACAUCACCCAGAACUUCACCAAUGCAGGAAAUGGAACCAAAGCUCUCUCCUAGUUGGAACCCAAAAAUAGUUUCAGAGCCUCACCCCCAAUUCACAAGGAAAGCAUCUGAUGCUGUUCUCUUCGAUCCAGUCCAGAUUGGGAGUUGUGAAGGGAAAGUGGAACUAAAACUCACAUUGAAACAGAAUGAAGCACUUCCAAUGGCCAAGCUGGACGUGGAGGGACAGAUAGAGUCUGUCAACUUCUUCCUAUCUCCACGACAGGUCCACCUCUUGUUGGAUAUGCUGAGCACCAUUCUACUGCCAGGGUGUGCCGAAGCAACAACUGUUCCAUCAAAGAGCCGGAGAAAUCGGCCAAUGCAGCAGGAAGAUCAGUAUCUGAUUCAAAUGGAACUCAACCGAUUCAUGCAGAAGGAAAAGUGUUCCCCUGGCAUCUCAGCAGAGCAAAGCUAUUAUGAGACAGAAACGGUUCGAACAACUUCAAGCAGAGCAGAAGAUGAUGUCUUCUUCUCAAUGGCAGACAUGGAAAUGUCAAACAGUGUGGCAUCUCUUCCACCCCUCGGAGAGCCAACAAUUGAUAUGGAGUUAUCGUUGAGUAGCACACGUGCCAACUCAACUGGCAGUUCUCCACAGAGCACGCCAGGGUUUUCUACAUCAUGGGACAAUUACCUGGAUCACUCUGGGCAAGGUGGCCGGGCAGUACAGGAGCCAGCGUUUAACUCGAAAGAGUUACCCAUAAUACAGAGACCUCUCCGACCCAGCAGUCUACAUUCCAAAUCACAUUCCAUUGAUGAAUCCAGACCUCAGGUUGUUAUCCGGCUGACUAUUGGCAGUCUGUCCAUGUCAGUGCUGCACAUUGAUCCACUGCCACCACCUGAGAACCCGUUGCACCUUGAUCCUCUGAGCAGGAUGGCGUCCCAUUUCUUUGAGCAGUUGAAGACCCUUAAUCUGUCUCAGUUUCCAGCAGGGGAAUUCAAUGCCUUCCGACCCAAGUUUGCUGCAGCUUGUCCCCAUGACCAUCUCAGGCUCUUUGCAACUGGCAUCAAGCUGAACUAUGAACAACGACUUGGCACCAGUUCUCGAAGCUUAAACACAGAUGUCUGCAUUAACUGGAUGGAACUGUUGGAAUGUCUCUUCCCUACGGAUUCAGUGACUGUCUUACCACAGUAUACAGAGCUGAUCACUUUUCAGUCAGUGAGUGAGACAGGAGCUCAUCGCACACCUUCAGUACAGCUUCACUAUAAGCACAUCGACCGAAGAGGAAUUCAGGGCAGCCAAGGGAGACUGACAGCGGUGCCACAAAAGGCAGAGCUGCAGAUUGAGCUAGGCCUGAUUCAGUCUGAAUUGGACAUCAGCAUUGUGGACAGGCUUAACUCGUUACUACAGCCUCCAAAACUUGCAACAACAGAAAUGAUGGCAUCACACAUGUACACCUCCUUUAACAAACACAUCAGUCUGCAGAGAGCCUUCACUGAGGUUUUCCGUGAUGAUUCUGCCUCGCCUACUAACCAGCGGACGUCUAUACAGCUCACCACGCCUUUGUUCAAACUGGCCGUCCGCUUCCCUAUACCAGACCUUCGAUCUGACCAGGAAAGAGGACCCUGGUUCAAGAAAUCACUACAAAAGGAGGUUCUGCACUUGGAAUUCAGCGAGGCAGAAUUUAAAACUGAGUUCUUUGGGAGUUUAUCCCAUGAGCAGCUCAAAUUGGAGCUCACUUUCAAAGAAUUGUUUGGUAAAUUCCAGGAAGAUCCUGCGACACCACCGUUCACCUUUUUUAAAGUGUCACAUGGUGCUGAUGGAGACAUGUCAACUUCUGACAGCGGGAAGUUUGAUUGGCCAAGGGUUGUAUUGAAAGUGAAUCCAACAGUGGUGCAUUCCAUCUUGGAGCGAAUAACGACAGAGGAGGAGGAACCUGGGAGUCACUUACUUGAAGAUGAAGAAGGUGGCAGCCACUCCCUGAAGGACGUUUGUGAUUUGGGAAAGCAGGAACCCUCGCCUUUCUCCUCACGAAGAGUCAUGUAUGAAAAUGAGGAGAUGGUGAUGCCAGGGGAUCAGUUCGAAAUGGGUCAAUUCCAGGAUAAAACCAUAAGCACGUCCCACUACGUACUGGAACUGAUGUUACCUAAUGUCAACCUCACUCUGCCAAACAAAGCGUUCUAUGAGAAGGUGUAUAACAGAAUAAAUAAUGAUUUGUUACUAUGGGAACCUGCUGCCCCAUCUCCUGUCGAGACUGUUGAAAACGUUACUUACGGGGUUGGACUGUCUGUAGCCAGUCAGUUAAUCAACGCGUUCAACAAAGACAGUCUCCCUCAACUCAAGUCAACACUCCUCCAGGACGAUGACGAGAGUGGUUCUGAUGAGGAGACACUGCCGUUCUGCUCUAGUACUGACCCUGCCUACCGUUCACGUCGUAAAAAGAAAGUUGAACAACAGAACAAGAAUUGUCAAAGUUUUCUAUCGAUCCUUCUCAAUGUGUCUCAUGGGCUUGUCAGCAUAUACACAGAUACCAAGAGUGAAGAUGGCACGCUAUUAGCUGGGCAGCAUGGUGAAUUCUGGCUGGAGAUUGAAAACGGAAGUUUUUUCACUGUGGGGAGGUAUCAAGGCUGUGAUGGUCAGCAUUAUUUCUGUCUCCAAACAAGCAAAGUCUUCCUUUGUCACCAAGGGGUAGUUGAGGAUGUCUGUGCCCCUGGUGAUAUAAAGCUCCCCAGCAAGUCUCAGCCUUCUUGGGUUGAACCUACCAUCUACAAGUCUGAGGAGGGUGCUCUGACCAAGCAGGCUGCUGCUUCAGUGGGAGUUGGUGUAGAAAGUCCAAAUAUGCUCUCCAUCGCAAUAAAAAUACAUCACAACAAAAACGAGAGCAACAUGAAGGAGAUCCUGGUGGCUAUCGGGUUGCGUGGGGCCACCCUCCAGCAUCGCAACGUGCCCCCAGGGCGAAGCUGGUACGAGCAGUUUGUGGAUUUCCUGAAUAUUGCUGAUGAACCAGUUUUGGGUUAUGCUCACCCAGCAAAUGAAACCACCUUCCACCUGCAUCUCUGGAGCUGUGCCCUGGAUUACAGGCCGCAGUAUUUACCAGUGCGAGCACUAGUCACUGUUGAAACCUUCACAAUAUCUAGUAACAUUGUUCUGGACAAGUAUUGUUCCACACUCAGAAUUAUUAUCGAUGAUGCUGCAUUGUACUUGUCUGAAAAAUGUAAUCUAUCUGCAGUAAAUUUAAAGAAAGAUUAUGUGCGUGUCUUGGACAUGGGGUUACUGGAAUUUCGAAUAACUGCGUCAAAGCAGACUCCAGAAGCAGAGCUGUUUCAGCCUCGGUUUGAACUUCAGUGUGCUAGUGAUGUCAUCCAUAUCCGGACCUGUUCUGAUUCUUGUGCUGCCCUCAUGAAUCUCAUCCAGUAUGUGGCGAGUUAUGGAGACUUACAUCCUCCCAGCAAAUUCCAGGCUGCUCCAGGAACAGCAGCUCAGAGAAGCAGGGCUGGUUCAGGUGACAGUGCUCCUCGCCGAACCUCCGGCCUUGCUGAAGCUGAGCAGAAGCUCCUACGGGACCUGAUGAUCGAUGCGAUGGAAGAGAUGGAUAUCCCACCAUCUUCACCUCCUACUACUCAAGUCUCACAGCAGUCAAAUGGGAUCUAUGAUGACCUCAUUCAAGAGCGCGAGCCAACUCGGUCUGAUCUGUUCCUCUUCCCUGAUGAGAGUGGAAGUUCUUCACAGGAGCAGAGCCCAAGUUCCACCAUGAUCUUUCCUGAGCAUCAUGCAGUCUACCCCUCCUUCCCCAGCGAGCAACCUGAGAGUGAGGACUUCUGUAUCCUAGAAGCACCAAAGAUGGCAAUCAUGAGAGAGACUGAGCCUGUAGUGAGGAUGUUGAAUUCUGGACCGAUCCUCAUCAAAGAUGACUACUUCACACAACCAGUCAAGAAGCUGGACACUAGCAAAUCACCACUGCACCUUCCAGUCCCUGAGAUCCGAUAUGUAGUGAAGGAGAUCUCAGUUGUCUGGCAUCUGUAUGGAGGAAGGGACUUUGGAACUGCCCUCUCUACACGUUCUCCCAUGAAAAGCAUAACAUCUCAAUCUUCCUCCAGCUCCUCUCAAGGCUCACCGUCUCAGUCAUCCUCCCGCCACAGCCGUUCUGCCUGUCGUAUUCAGGGUGGACCUGGGAGGAACCAUGAUGUGCUGAUGGAGAUUCAGUUCAGCAAGGUGAAAUUUCAGCACGAAGUGUACCCUCAGACAGGUUAUGAUGAAGAUUCAAGUUCAGCAGAGCAUCCCAUUUCACGACAAGUCUUCAUUGUUCAAGAUCUUGAAAUCAGAGACCGUCUUGCCACAUCCCAGAUGAACAAAUUCCUCUACUUGUAUUCGAGCAAAGAGUUCCCAAGAAAGGCUCAUUCUAAUAUGCUAGCUAUUAAGGCAUUACACGUGAGACCAGAUUCCACUCAGAUGCCUCGUGAGUGCUGUUUACGCAUCACACUUAUGCCCCUUCGACUAAACAUCGAUCAGGAUGCAUUGUUUUUCUUGAAGGACUAUUUUACCAGCCUGGCUGCCGAGGUAGAGCUGUUAAUUCCUCCAGAUCCUGUACAAGAGGUGAGAAAAACUGCUCCUGGAACAGACAUCAGCAGCAGCCUUUCCAAAAAUGGAAUCAGUGCUGCAGACCAUGGACCCAUUAUUACUGUACCAGGUCACAGCAAACACAGGCUGGAUCCUUUGACUGCUGCGAGCAGAGUGCCAGUCAGUGAGCCAGAGGGUGUCUCGGUGCCAUUUGGGGACCAGCCAAUCUUCUUCCGGGAAUUUCGCUUCACGUCAGAGGUGCCAAUCCGACUGGAUUAUCAUGGCAAGCACAUGUCCAUGGAUCAAGGUACCUUAGCAGGGAUCCUAAUUGGACUGGCUCAACUGAACUGCUCAGAGUUGAAGUUGAAAAGGUUGUGUUACAGACAUGGAUUGCUGGGAGUGGACAAGCUCAUCUCCUAUGCACUGAAUGAGUGGCUAACUGACAUCAGGAAAAAUCAGCUGCCUGGUAUUUUUGGCGGUGUGGGACCCAUGCAUUCCUUGGUACAAUUAGUUCAAGGACUGAAGGACCUGGUCUGGCUGCCCAUAGAGCAGUAUCGUCGGGAUGGACGCAUCGUGAGAGGCCUCCAACGAGGAGCAGCUUCAUUCGGGACUUCCACUGCUAUGGCUGCCUUAGAGCUGACAAAUCGCCUCGUACAGACCAUACAGGCAGCAGCAGAGACAGCCUAUGACAUGGUUUCCCCAGGCCCAACUACACAUAGUUUGAUGCGGACCAAACGUGUAUCUCAACACCGAUUGGCCCACCAACCUGUCGAUCUGCGGGAAGGAGUUGCUAAGGCAUAUGAUGUAGUGAAAGAGGGGUUCACGGACACAGCUCACCUGAUCUACGAGACUGCAGCGCGGGAGCAUGAGCAGAGGGGUAUGACUGGGGCAGUAGGAGGUGUCUUGCGCCAAAUCCCACCAGCAGUGGUGAAGCCACUAAUCGUUGCAACGGAAGCCACCUCCAAUGUUCUAGGUGGGAUGCGAAAUCAGAUUCAGCCAGAUGCCCGGCAGGAAGAGUCCCAGAAAUGGCGUCUUGGUGACCAGUAAUUGUCAAAGCAAAUAUCAGCUUCCCAGGAAAGGACAGAAAUCUUAAUGAAGCUUUGAACUCCUGAUGCUGGGAAUCAACUGGGAUUCACUGCGCAGUACACUUUCCUGCCUGUAUAUUUUGGCCUCAUUAUUUUGUGAGUUAAAAAUACUAUAGACAGUAUCCAUCAAGUGAGCUGCAGCUUUAAAUAAUUUGACUGAUCUGAUGCUGUGUAGAAUAUUCCCCGAUUUAUUUUAGAGAUGGCAUGGAGAUAUAUUUUUGAAAAACAGAAGCUUGAAUAGUGUGACUGCCUCAGCGAGGAUUCUACUGCUCAUCUCAGUUUGGCAAGGUCAUGGGAUCGAAACCAUUGUUGUUUGGAUACACCACAGAUUGUAAACCCACUAGCUGUAAGAGUAAUCUUGUAGCUUUCUAGUUCCAUUGUCUCCGAAACAAGGGUGCUAAUCAUUCCCUCAUCCUGACUGAGAUAACUUGUAAUUGCCGAGCACAUUUAAACCCUGAACUUACUACAAAAGUCAGCCACUUUCCAUGGUACCAAGCCCAUUGCUCAAGCCCUUAAUGACUAAACAUAGUCUACAUUCUCUAGAUAUGCAUUGCUUAAUCAGCUUCUGGACACACUUGACAAUUUCUUGCAGAGACCUUUGCCUCAAGUAGUUUGGGUUAAUUCAAAGGGUACAUUCCUUGUUUUUAUUUCCUUUCAAGUGGGUCAGCCUAAUAUUGUGUGCCCCAGUUGUGCAGUGACAGGACAGCUCCACUGCAUUGAAAGGAUAAGUAUCAGAAGCCACUUGGCUUGUGCAGCUGUGCUAUCAAUAGAAGCUUGGCUCCAGGUUACCUGAACAUUCUCUUGCAUGAGAAAUAGUAUCAGCUUUUGAGAACAUUGAAAAAGGAUAUGUUUAAUUUGGAGGUGGAAGGGGUUGGCGAGGAGGGACAUUUGACUGUCCAGUGCCUAUUCAGUGCAAAACAUUCUGCUUCUUUUGCUGCAAUAUUGCAUCCCCAAAAUUCAACAAGAAUUAUCUUCAGUCAGCUGUGGAAAUGUUUCCUCUCCCAGAUUAUUGAAGAAAACAGACACUGUGCCAUUUUGACUUAUUGUAUUCCAAGGCUUCAUUCAUAACUGACUAUGCAACCAAUUAAAUCCAAUAAUUCUGGAAUUGUAUUUAAAAGUUUAUUCCCCCCCCUCCACUAGAACAAAUCUGAUCAAAUUCCUGCAAUUUAAGCAGCUGAAAGUGAACUUAGCAGAGUUUUGGGGAGGGGUUUGACUUUCCUGUAAGAACUGGUGUAAAUGAUGCUGGUAUUUCAAAUUCUUCCAAUUUCAGUGUAAAACCACAUCGCAUUAAUAACCCACAGAUGUUAGCAAGCUACCGGCAUGUUGCUCCCACCCUCAGCUAUUUACAUUUGGAUGAGCCUCAUUGAAUGGAGACAAUAUAGCAGCCUAGUUAUGAAUGGGCUAUCCCAGGAUACUCUGGAUAUUCCUUCACAACUACAGUGCGGAGACCACUUCCUGUUUUUUCAACCUUACCAUUUUGAGUGGGAGAGAGGAAGAUUCUUUUCUAUAAUUAUUUGAUUUUUUUUGUUGGUGCUAUCACUUUUCUUCAGCCAAUGUUGAGUUGAAAAAGAACAGUACAUAAAAUAGCACAUGGUCUGCAAAACUUGCUACGGGCCCUGGCUAAAUUAUUAUUGUCCUUAAUGUACUCAGUAUCCCUCGCUCUUCAUACCUGCUUUAAAAAAAUGAGGGCUGGUGUUUGAAAGAUUAGAUGCAACAAUCUUACUGCCUACACUUGUGAUCGUGAGUAUUGUUUUUAAAAAUUAUUGGACACAAGCAUAAUAGAGAAAGGAAUAUACAGACAUCACAGGAUAGGAUUGUAAACCACUUCCUCAUUCCCUGCUACAGAGAGAAUUUUAAAAAUACCGACAGUAAGAAUUAGAAACAUGACUAAAUGCCCAAAACUUGUGUAUAGUUCUUGCUUUUUGAAACUUGCACUUAAAAAUUAACUUCCUUGUAACAUCACUGUUGUCUGUGGGUACUGCUGCACUAUGCAGUAGGAUUGUUACAAUAUUUUGUUGCUUUGUAUAAUUUAAUUUUUUGUACAGCAGAUUUAAACACCUAGCUUUUGUGAGUUUAUUUAGAAUUCUGUUACUGUAACAAAUGUACAAAUUUUUUGAAUAAUAUUGUUGAUGUGGUUGUAUUAUAGCAGUUGUUAAGAAGGAAUAUACCAUAGGCAAUGAACUUAAAGGGAAAAAAAUACAGUCUUGCAUAUACAGUACGUGUAUAUUAUUCUGCUUUGUCUGUUGGCUACCAUGGUGACGGAUUAAAUUUAAAGUGCAUUGAA